AUGUACGUAGAGAUUACAUCCAAGGGCAUAAAUAUCACAACAACUGACGUAAUUGGUUUUUCAAAACCAAUUGAUAUGUCGCCAAUCAAGGAUGGAAGCGGAAAUGUUUCUUAUUACCAACGACUCACAAAUACGGAUCAGAGAGCCGAGCACUGGCUUCAAAGAUUAGGCGCAGCUCUCGCAAAUUAUUUAAGAGAAUAUAGUAAUAUUGUGAUCUCCAAAGAAAAUGAAGUUUUGGUCGAUUUUCCUGAAGGAUAUGUCCUUUACCAACAUAAUAAAGAAUAUAAAGGCAGUGCUAAAACUCGUCAUGACCGUUACCUUUUUGGUGCUUAUAAGUUUCGAUCUCCAAAAGAAUUUGAACCACAUUUAAUUUGGCUCGUCUCCGGGCGAGUAAAUUCUUGUGAAUGUCUUUAUUGCGGUAGUGGUUCAAAAGGAUAUAAUAAAGGCAAAAGGGGGGAACUCACUGAAGAAAAGAUAAUAAAUACAAGAUCAAAAAAGAAACUUAGAGAUGAGGUUGAAACAAAUGGAAUGGAAUCCGAGAAUAUCAAUAAACCAAAAUUCGCAAAAACAUUAUACAGAAGAGGAGAGGUUGUUAUGGUUAACUUAAAUGCAACAGGAAAUGAACAACAUAUUAAACUUAUAAGAUAUGCUGCAGAUGAUAAUGAUAUACCAAUUUUGUAUUGGCCUGGAGUAAUACUAGAAACUAGGAAAGUUCCAAUAACCGAUAAUAUAUCUGACGACACGACCUCGAUAAAUUCUGAUGAUUAUAAUGUUGUCUAUAAAGCAUAUUACAAAAUUCAUUUAUUGGAAUUAUCUGAUAUUGUUCAAGUUGAUCGCAAAUCAUUGUUGCCGUGGUUAGUUUGUAGAGUAGAAAUUCCGGAAGGAUUUAAUAAAAAUGAAGAAUUAGAACCGAAUGUUAAAACAUAUGUUCGGGCUAUUGAUCGAGUGAAUAAGAUUUCUCACACGUAUACUCCAGUGUGUUCAUACAAACAUAGAGAAGCCAAAGAUUCAUCAGAAAAAUUGCGAUUGCAGAAAUAUAAUGCCAUCCUAUUGGGAACGGAAAUGAUUUAUAGAAAUGAUUACAUUCGUUUAACUCCUGUAGACGUUAAUGAGAAAUAUAAUAAUGGUCAAAAAGUGCCAGAAUAUUUGUUAAUAAGUAAUAUCUAUCAGCAUUCUACAAAGGGCAUCCAAUUCACCGGAGCCGGAUUACUAAGAGGGAUGCUGUAUAAAGGGCAUAGUAAAAGAAGAACUUUGUCAGAUUAUGAGUGGAUUACCGUUAAUGAGCCAGGUUCUGAAUAUACAAUAGAUUUGCAAGAUAUAGCUGGAAGAUUUUAUGUAUUGUUUCCCAAUCUCAUGGAAAAAAUUGAUUGGACCUCUCCAAAAAAAUUAGAUGAAAGGUUUAUUAUUCUUGGAGUAAAAUGGAAAUGA